AUGGCAACCGCCAUUACGGGAAGAGCAGUGGCGGGUGGCAGGACCUCUUUAGAGGUGGGUCUGGAAGGUAUUGAUGCCCUUGGGAUGUUCGCUGCUCUCACUGAUGCUAGUGGUGGGUCCAGCACGCCGGCCAUCCUGAUAGGCCUGCCUCUGACUCAAGAAGAGAUGAGAAUAGUUCUGCUGGGGUCACACGCAGAUGUUAAAGCUUCUUGUGGGAAUGCAAUUCUGGGACAAAAGGUGUUCUCAAGGUCUUCCCUGAAUUUGUUUGAGAGGCAUGAUGGGAUGGUGCUGGAGAGACGUCUGAUGGUCAUCAACACUCCUGACCUACUUGAUCUCAUUCUUUCUCCUGAUGAACAAGACAUGAGGAGAUUCUUUAAUACGAUAUACCCUGGACCUCAUGCCCUACUUCUGGUCCUUAAGCCUGGAACAUUUACAGACGUAGAAAAAAGUGCCCUUCAGCACAUGAACAAAAUUUUUCGUGAAGGUGCAUCUGAGUAUGUGAUUGUGGUCUUCAUGCAUGAGGCCCUGGAAUAUGCGAGCACUAAAGACGUUGACACUGACAUCAGAACUGUGGAGUCUUUACUGCAGAUCUGCAGACAUCCACACCAUCAUUUACAGAAUAAUGAAGAUCAAUCAGGGGGCCUGAUUGGACUUCUGCAGAGUAUCGAGAAGAUGGUGCAAGAAAAUGGAGGCUAUUACCUGAAGAUUCCUGACAGUUCAAAACCAGUUGAGAAAAAAGAGACAAUCAGUCAAAGAUCAAAUACGCUGCCUCUAGGGACCAAAGUAAGGAGGAGUAUAGAUUUUGAUCAUCCUAACAUGUGUGCUCUGAUAAUUGCUCUUCUGGGGAAGAACAAUUCAGAAAACUACAGAGUUAAAAACUUGAUCCUGGAAAUAGGUCUGCAAGAGAGUGAUGCACCUAUCAAGAUCAGUGGAAGGUAUAAAGACUUCACUGAAGAGGACAUGAGAAGAGUGAAAUAUGUGCUGAAGGAAUUCAGCAAAGAGGCGAUUAAACGCACCAUAGUGAUCACAACUGAUGAAGAAACAUUUGACGCACACAUGAGUCCUAUGAUGAAGAAUAAAACUAUUCAUCAGUUAAUAAAGGAAUGUGGAGGAGGACAUCUGCAGCUUGAUGAACAAAAAACAGAACUGUGUUUUGAGAUAUACAAGAGGGUUGAUAAAAUACUCGAGGAAAACCUGGAAGACUAUCUCACAUGUGAAAUACAUGAAGAUGCGAAAGAAACGCGAGUAGAUGAAGAGCUAAUCCAGUCAGAGCGAGAAAACAAGAAGAGUUCUUACCAAAAAGAUAAUAGAAAACACAAAGAGACACAGAUAAAGAGAAGAAGUGAAGGAAGUUUUUUUUCUGAUACAAGAAAGCAAACUUCAAAAUGGAUUCAUCCCAAAAUGUCGCUAAAUUUCUCUGUAAAACAAAAGCUGAACCUGGUGUUGUGUGGAAGUGAUGCCACACUCAAGUUGUCCAUGUCAAACCUUUUACGAGGGAAAAAGAUAAAAGCUUCACAUCAGAGUAAGAGCUGCGAGGAGUGUGUGAAGAAAGAGGAGAAGAUUCAUGGGCGUCUGAUCAGUCUGGUGGCACUUCCAGCUCUCAGUCAGCUCUCAGACGAUGAAGUGAAGCAUCAGUCUCUUCACUGUGUGUCUCUCUGUGAUCCUGGAGUUCAUGUUUUCCUCCUCAUUAUUCCUGUUGGUCCUCUGACUGAUGAAGACAAAGCAGAAAUAGAGCUGAUCCAGAAGAUAUUUGACUCCAGAAAACACUUCAUGGUGCUUUUUAUAACAGAGCUCACUGUUGAAGAAAUUUCGUUAGAUUUUGUCAAAAGCACAGAAUCUCAGAGCUUAAUGAGAUUCUAUGGGGGUCAAUGCAGUGUAAUGGGUUUAAAGGAACCUGAAAACUCAAGACAGAUCCCAGAACUACUGGAUUAUAUUGAGAACAUGAAGACUGAUUUAUAUUCACUUCAGAUGUAUGUGAAAGCUCAAGAGAACAGAGUCAGACGUGAAACUGAGAAAAAAAUGAGUAAAUUGGAGAGUAAAGUAAAAGACCCACCACAGAAGAAUCAGUCAGAGGGUGCUGAAUGUGAAGCAGAUGAUUUGGAGUGUCUGAGGAUUGUGCUGAUCGGGAGAACAGGAAGUGGAAAGAGUGCAACAGGAAACACUAUUCUGGGUAGAAAUGAGUUUCAAAACCAAAUGAGCUUGGAUUCAGUAAAGACCGUUUGUAAGAAGGGAGUUGGUGAAGUUGAUGGCCGAUCAGUAGCUGUUGUUGAUACUCCAGGUAUCUUUGACACAACACUGUCAAAUGAUCAAGUAGUGGAAGAAAUAAUAAAAUGUGUUUCACUGGCAGCACCUGGACCUCAUGUGUUUGUCAUUGUGUUGAGUUUGGGGAGAUUCACCAAAGAAGAAACAGACACUGUAGAUCUGAUAAAGAAGAUCUUUGGUCCAAAAUCAGCUCAGUUCAGCAUUGUUCUAUUUACUAGAGGAGAUGAUCUUGGGAACGAGUCCAUACAAGAUUAUGUGAAGAGAACAAACGAUGCCGAACUCAAGAAAUUGAUCAGAGAUUGCGGAAACAGAUUCCUGGUUUUCAAUAACAGAGAAAAACGAGACAGAGCUCAAGUAAUUCAACUGUUAAACAUGAUAGACGAGGUGAAAAAUACUAAUGAGGGUCAAUACUUCACUAACAGCAUGUUUGAGGAAGCAGAAAUGUCCAUUAAAGAGAAAAUGAAGCAGAUAAUGAAGGAGAAAGACAGAGACCUUCAAACUCAGAGGGAUGAAUUAAAAGCUAAUUAUGACAGAGUAGUGAAAGACAUGAUGAAGCGAUUUGAGGAAGAAAAACAAAAAGCAGAUGAGGAAAGAAUUCAAAUGGAGAAUCAAUUCAGAGAAAAAGAAGAAAAACUCAAGCAAGAGUUUGAAGAGAAAAAGAAAUUAGAACAAAUGAAAAGAGAGACUGAAAACCAGAAACGAUCAGAAGAGGAAAAACAGCGAAGAGCUGAAUAUCAUCAAAAAAUAGAAGAAAUGAAGAGAGAGACUGAAAAUCAGAGAUCACAGUAUGAAAAACGGCAAAAAGAAAGAGAAGAACAGGACAGAGAGAGAGAAGAGAAAUACAGACAAGAUCUAGAAAAGAUGAAAAAUGACCAUGAAUACAUUAUAGCAGAGUUACUGAUGAAGCAAGAAGAAGAAAAUAAGAAGAGGUACAUGGAGGAGAAAAGGAGGAAUGAAGAAGAAGAGAAAGAG